AUGAUAUUUAAUCCGAAUUUCUCAUUCGAUACGCCAGAUAUCGCACCAAUUGUGGAUGCUCAAAAUAUAUCAUCCACCCAUAUAUCAAUUAAUAGAUUAGUAGAUACCUUAAUAGAGACCUACCGCAAAGACAUAUGCUCCGACGAAAGUGUUGAGGUUUGCAGUGAUGCUGUUCCACCAGGAGUUUUAGAAGAUGAAAGUUCCACUACUCAGUUUACAGACGUCGUUAGAGAUAAAAAUAAUCGUGUCCGCAAGAAAAAGGAUGAGUCAGAAAAAUUUAAUUUUGCUCAUGCUGUUACAAAAUACAAGCAGGUGUCUUCAUUUAUAGAACUCAGUUUAGCUAAACCAUUACUUAAAUCACUUACUGAAAUGUCCUUAGACAAACCAACUCCUAUCCAGUGCGCAUGCAUCCCCGUCGCGUUACUUCACCGUGACAUAUGUGCUUGUGCCAGGACAGGGUCCGGUAAGACGUUGGCGUUUUUGCUACCUAUUUUGGAGAGACUAGCAAAAAAGCCAACUGAUUUUAAUCAUGCAGUUACUCGAGCCCUUGUGAUCAGUCCGACUAGAGAGUUAGCUGUGCAGAUUUUCAACGUCGCCGAAAAACUAGUUAAAUAUUGUCCAAAGCUCAGAAUCCAGUUGGCAGCUGGAGGACUUGAUUUACACUCACAGGAGGCUUCCUUGAGAUUGAAUCCCGAUUUGGUAGUUGCAACACCGGGACGUCUAAUCGAUCACCUCUCAAAUGCUCCCAGUUUUAACUUACAACACAUCGAAUACCUUGUAUUGGACGAGGCUGACAAACUUUUAGACGAAUACUUUGCAGAGCAAAUAGGAGAAAUUAUUAAAUUCUGCAGCACAAAACGACAGACCUUGCUGUUUUCUGCUACAAUGACGGAAAAUGUUAAAGAACUUGCUGUACUUUCGCUUCGCGACCCAGUACAAGUAUUCCUCAAUCAAGCAACUGCUGUAGCCCAAUGCUUACAUCAAGAAUUUGUUCGCAUCCGUCCACACAGAGAGGAUGAUCGACGAGCGAUCGUCGUAGCCUUACUGAUGCGUCAUUUUCGUAAACGGACCAUAGUUUUCCUACCAACUAAGAAGGAUUGUCACAAAAUGCAUAUUAUGUUAGGUUUGCUUGGUCUUUCAUGUACUGAGUUACAUGGCAAUAUGACUCAAGCACAGAGGUUGGAGGCUUUGAAGCGUUUCUCGUAUGUUGGUACAAGUGAUGAAUGUAAAAAUAAAAGCGCGACUGACCAGCUUACUGAAAUGAAUAAUCCUGAUAUACGCCCUGUUGAUAUUCUUUUGGCAACUGACUUAGCAUCAAGAGGUUUGGAUAUUCCCAAUGUACAGACAGUUAUCAAUUAUACUUUACCUCAAACUAUGAAGCAGUAUGUACACAGAGUUGGUCGUACCGCUAGAAUUAUGAAUGUCGGUCGAGCGGUGUCUUUAGUGGGUGAGGAUGAUCGGAAAGUGAUGAAGGAAAUAAUGAAACAAGCACCUUAUCCAGUUAAAGCAAGAGUUAUAGCGUCAGAUGUUAUUGCUACUUACCAGUCCAAAAUUACCCGCUUGGAACCUAUAAUUGGAAAAAUCUUGGCUGCAGAAGCUGAGGAGCGAGAGUUAAGGGCAGCCCAAAGUCAACUAUCCAAGGCUGAGGAGUUAGUUACUUGUGUGAAAUCUGGAACGGCACCGCUCUCAUGUGUGGAAAGGAGAGUAGACUGGUUCGCUGAACGUAAACGUGAUAAGAAAACUAUUGGUCGAAAACUCAAGGUCUCUCAGUCGAAAAAACGCAAAAUCGGUUGUGAUAGUGAUUCUGAAUAA